AUGCGCUUUUUUAUCAUACUGGCCGCCAUCGCCGGCUUUGCUAUUGCCAGUCCACGUUCGACUCAAUCCAAGGCCAAUCAAAAUAUUUCCACCUUUCAGAUUGCGUACAAUAGGUCGCAAAAAGUCAAGGCUGCCAACAAUACCCUAUACAUAGGGUCUUCCAAACAACACGCUUGCUGUAAUCAGAUGAAUGCUGAAGAUGCAGCCACCUUCUUCUUACAAGACAAGGAGCUCUUUCUAUACUCGCCUGGAAAUCCCAAACAACAGGUAAUCGUGGAUUCGCCAAAAUGCAAAGCUCAUGCGCGAUAUUCUAUUGGUUCACGAUUAGAUAUCAACAACAAGGCGAACAAGGGCUGGCGAAUAGACAGUAAUGGCAGUCUUACCUUCAACGGUUCUAGCCUGAUGACAUGUGGUGGUUCUAACCUUGCGCGGGACAUUUUUGUGUACGACGACAAUCAUCAGCCAGACAAGUCAUGCUGCAACCUCACAACCAAAGCAACGAACAUCAGGCACCCCACAAGGCGACCUGAACGGGCAAAAAAGAUGAUCCUGAAGAGCAUAUAG